CGGGGUGGUGUCCCCAGCCGCCGGCUUGGCACCAUGAAUAGCAGCAGCGCCAACAUCACCUACGCCAGUCGCAAGCGGCGGAAGCCGGUGCAGAAAACAGUAAAGCCAAUCCCAGCUGAAGGAAUCAAGUCAAAUCCUUCCAAGCGACAUAGAGAUCGUCUUAAUACAGAGUUGGACCGUUUGGCUAGCCUUCUCCCUUUUCCACAAGAUGUUAUUAAUAAGCUGGACAAACUUUCAGUUCUUAGGCUCAGUGUCAGUUACCUGAGAGCCAAGAGCUUCUUUGAUGUUGCAUUAAAGCCCUCCCCAGCUGACAGAAAUGGAGGCCAGGAUAACAGCACAUCAAAAUUCAGAGAAGACCUGAAUUUGCAAGAAGGAGAAUUCUUAUUACAGGCUCUGCAUGGUUUCGUAUUGGUUGUCACUACAGACGCCUUGGUCUUUUAUGUUUCUUCUACUAUACAAGAUUACCUGGGGUUCCAGCAGUCCGAUGUCAUACACCAGAGUGUGUAUGAACUUAUCCAUACUGAAGAUCGAGCUGAAUUUCAGCGUCAGCUGCACUGGGCUUUAAACCCUCCACAGUGUACAGACUCUGGACAAGGAAUUGAUGAAGCUCAUGGCCUCGCACAGCCAGGGGUCUAUUGUAACUCCGACCAACUUCCUCCAGAAAACAGUUCAUUGAUGGAGCGGUGCUUCAUAUGCCGACUAAGGUGUCUAUUGGAUAAUUCAUCUGGCUUCCUGGCAAUGAAUUUCCAAGGGAGGUUAAAGUAUCUUCAUGGACAGAACAAGAAAGGAAAAGAUGGCUCAAUACUUCCCCCUCAGCUGGCUUUGUUUGCUAUAGCUACUCCACUUCAGCCUCCAUCCAUACUUGAAAUCCGAACCAAAAAUUUUAUCUUUAGGACCAAACACAAACUAGACUUUACACCUACUGCUUGUGAUGCCAAAGGGAAAAUUGUUUUAGGAUAUACUGAGGCAGAGCUGUGCACGAGUGGGUCAGGAUAUCAGUUUCUUCAUGCUGCCGAUAUGCUGUAUUGUGCUGAAUCCCAUAUCCGGAUGAUUAAGACUGGAGAGAGUGGCAUGAUAGUUUUUAGGCUUCUGACGAAAGGCAAUCGAUGGACAUGGGUCCAGUCUAAUGCACGCUUAGUUUAUAAAAAUGGAAGACCGGAUUAUAUUAUUGCAACUCAGAGACCACUAACAGAGGAAGAAGGGAUAGAGCAUUUACGAAAACGAAAUAUGAAGUUGCCUUUUAUGUUUACCACUGGAGAAGCUGUGCUGUAUGAGGUAACCAGUCCCUUUCCUCCUAUUAUGGAUCCCUUACCAAUAAGGACAAAAAAUGGCAUUAGUGGAAAAGACUCUGCCUCCAAAUCAACUCUAAAUAAGGAUUCACUCAAUCCCAGUUCUCUCUUGGGUGCCCUAAUGCAACAAGAUGAGUCUAUUUAUCUCUACCCUGCUUCAAGUACGGCACAAUUUGAAACGAACUUUUUAAAUGAAUCUAUGAAUGAAUGCAGUAAUUGGCAAGACAAUAUCGUGCCAGUGGGAAAUGAUAAUGUCCUGAAACAUGAACAAAUUGGUCAGUCUCAGGAAAUGAACUCAACAUUUUCUGGAGGUCACACAGGGUCCUUUACAGAUAAUAAAAAUAGUGACUUGUACAGCAUUAUGAAAAACCUAGGGAUCGAUUUUGAAGAUAUCAAACACAUGCAGAAUGAAAGGUUUUUCAGAGCUGAGUUUCCUGGUGAAGUUGACUUCAGAGACAUCGACCUGACAGAUGACAUCCUGACAUACGUGCAAGAUUCUUUAAAUAAGUCUGCCUUCAUGUGUUCAGGUUACCAGCAGCAACAGUCCAUGACCCUGAACUCAAGCUGUAUGAUACAGGAACACCUACAGUUAGAACAGCAGCAGCAGCAGCUACAGCACCACCAGAAGCAAGUAGUAGUGGAGCCACAGCAACAACUAUGUCAGAAACUGAAGCAUAUGCAAGUCAAUGGCGUGUUUGCAAAUUGGAACUCAAACCAGUCCGUGCCUUUCAGUUGUCCUCCGCAAGACCUACAACAGUAUAAUGUCUUUUCAGACUUAAAUGGGACCAGUCAAGAGUUUCCCUAUGAGAUUGAUACCAUGCCUUAUACACAGAACUUUAUUCCCUGUAAUCAGUCUGUGUUACCACAAGAUUCCAAGUGUACACAGUUGGACUUUCCUAUAGAGAAUUUUGAACCAUCCCUGUACCCUACUACUACUUCUAAUUUAGAAGACUUUGUAACUUGUUUACAAGUUCCUGAAAACCAAAAGCGUGGAAUGCAUCCACAGUCAACCAUGGUAACCCCUCAGACAUGUUAUGCUGGAGCAGUGUCAAUGUAUCAAUGCCAACCAGCACCUCAGCAUACUCAUAGGGGUCAGAUGCAGUAUAAUCCAACAAUUCCAGGCCCACAAGUAUUUUUAAACAAGUUUCAGAAUGGAGGAGUUUUAAAUGAAACAUAUCCAGACGAAUUAAAUAACGUAAGCAACACGCAGAAUGCCACCCAUCUCCAGUCACUUCAUCAUCCAUCAGAUGCUCGAGCUUUCCCCGAUUUGACAUCCAGUGGGUUCCUGUAAUCGCAAGGCUGAUUUUCACCUUGGUUUUUGGAUUGAAUUAGUUUGUGAAGGACUACACGAAACUGUCAACGCCGGACAUGAACAAGUUCGCACGGAGGCAUUGACGCAUGUUUGCACCAUCAUUCCAAACCAAACUUUAAUGUUUGUUUUCAGAAAAGCAGUUUAAAAAGUAACCUCAAAAUGAUAUAUACCCUAGCUGAAUAAAAAGUGUGCUGCCAUAGUAGUGAGAUAUCAUCCACACUUCACAUUAUUCUGAGUACCACAGAAAGUAUAAAAGCAUAUUCAGGUGAACUUUAAGACUUCUGAAUUCUAAGACUUUCUCUAGCUGAAUUAUUUGUUAAAAUCAAAAUGGAGUACUCUGAGUGUUGAACUGCUGAAUUCUUAUUAGUAAAUCAAAUACAAAGUUACAAAACUAAACUAUUUCCCUCUAUUUUUAGCCUCUGCUUUUACCUCUGAUGUUAAAAUAAAUGGUUUGGUGCUUUUACAAAGAGGUAAUCUCAAUGCUUUUGUUCCUUCACUGUUAAUCUAAGUGCCUCACCUUUUUUUCUACCUAUAACACUGUAGGAUGUAUAUUUUAUAUAAAGUAAUUAUUUUUCUUUUUUAAAUUAAUAACUUGCUUUCUGCACACAAAUAAUAUUUGUAUUUCCUAAGUCCAGUCAUUUUUUUUUAUUACUUCAGGCAUGUUUUAACUGCGCUGCGCACCCACUUUCUUCAGGUAAAAGGCAAAUAAAGAUUGAAAAGAUAAUUAUUUAUUACAUAAUCUAGUUGCUUCUGGACUUUAAAUGUUGCCGUGUGCCUUAUGUUGAAACAUUUUAAAAUGUCCUUCCAAAUUAUUUCUUACUACAUAAAUGCUACAAAAAAUAGCACUUAAAGUUCAAGUGUUUUAAAAAGAAAGAGGUAUACCACUAUUUACCUUUGUUGACAUUUCCACAAUGGUAGCUGAAUGUUGCAAUGUAAAAAAAUCUGUUGUUGAAUGCAGUCAUGUUUAUUAAAUCGCAAUGAAAAGCAGCAGAUUUAUUUCAAGCUUUUCCAUUAAAUUAAAUCACCCAUUUCAAUGUGUAUAAAUUAUGUCUUUAAAAACUGUUUUAAAUCUAUAAUGCUUUCUGAGAUAUUAUGUUGAUGUUAUAAAUUUCACUUUUUAGAACGGUGGAAACAUCAUUUUCUCAUAUUUGAGUAGUAUUAAGAUUGAAGACAGCAAUGCCUGAUGGGAAAUAUUGUAUAUAUGUGAAAUGAAUGGAGCAUUUUAUAAACAUAACGAACAAAAUUAUCGUCAGAUAUUUUCUAUCUUUCAUUUAAAAAUAGUCCUAUCUUAUUAACACACAUAAAUAAUUUGAGUUUUGCAUAUUUUAUGAGUGUCUUUUUAAGAAAUCAGAUAUUGAAUCAAAUUGCUUGUAAGUCGGUAAUAAGAAAGGACAACCAUGCAGUUUGUUUCUCUAGAAAUAUUAGGUUGUUUUUUGUUAAAUAAUUUCCUUUUUUAGUUAAUAAGGCAAGUUAAUUACUCCACCAAUUUCACUGUCCUCCAAUGGUUUUAAAAGUAAAAAAUGCCACUCUCAGCCAUUCUUUUAUGUAAAUAUGACAUUUGAAGGGUAUAGACAUGUCAAAAAAUUUGAUGAAAUGCCAAACAAAAUAUAUUGAAAUAUAAUAUUUUUCAUUUCUUGUUUUUACUAAAUGUAUAUAAAAAUGGCUUUAGACAAAAUAUUUCAGUUCUGUGAAUUUUCUGGCAAAAUUUUGAAUCUAUUGAAUCAAUUUAAGGUUGAAAAAAAAUUGUCUAAAACAUUUCAUAAAUUGUUUCCAGCAUGAGGUAUCAUUAAGGUUGUAGACCAGUGGUUUAGGUUAGUAUUCUAUUUUUAUGUUUAACCCUUUCAUUAAAAGUCUUCAUAUAAACCAUUUUUUGAUAAUCUCUUCUAUGGUAUUAGUUGAAUUGUCUAGUGAAUAAAAAAGUAGGCUUUUUAAAUUGUGAAUAUAAUGACGAUCAAUUAUACACUUAUAAAAUUAAACGUUUUUAAGCAAUAUUGUAUAUUUUUAUCUAUAUAAAAUAGCUAAAAUUUAUCUGGGAAUAAUAAAAUCACAUUCAACCAAAAUAAACCUUUGUCUGUAUCGCUAAGUGCCAAACAAGAACGAAUGCUUAGUGAACUGCCAUACUGAGGUAUUUUUAUUUAGAUGAUAGGCAUGUCUUGGGUUAUGGAUGUGUCUAAUUUGAACUUUUCCUGUACCAGCUUCUGCUAAUAGUACCUGAAGAUUUACCAGUGUUCUUAUGUAUUAUGAAGCUUUUGAUCAUUACUGUGCACAAACUGGUGUUUUUCAGUAUUACUAAAUUUUAGGCAAACAUUUUCAUGGCUUUCUUAUUGCCUUCAAAAUGUGACUGCUUACAUAUGCCAUGCACAGAUUUUUGUUUAAAGUAUGAUUUAUAUAUCUUUACUUAUUAUCAGACAAAAUUGUAUACAGUAAUAUAUAUGGUAAUAAAAUAAUCACCAAGUAUGAAUAUGAA